GGUUGGCGGCGCGGUGGUCGCGGCCUCGCCCGAGCUGCACGAGCGCGUCAAGCACAUGCAAAACGUGCACGGAAACAUCAUGAGCCCGCAAAACGCCUUCUACACGCUGCAGACGGCCAAGACGCUCGCGCUGCGCGUGCGGCAGCAGUGCGAGAACGCGCAGGCGAUUGCCGAGUUCCUCGAGCGGCAUCCAAAGGUGGACGUGGUCGGCUACCCUGGGCUCGCCUCCUUCCCGCAGAAAGAGCUCGCCGACCGGCAGCACAUGAACGGCCUGCACGGCGGCAUGCUCUGGUUCGAGGUCAAGGGCGGCACCGCGGCGGGCCGCGCGCUCAUGGAUUCGAUCCAGCGGCCGUGGUCGCUCUGCGAGAACCUCGGCGCGCUCGAGUCGAUCUGCACGUGCCCCGCCGUGAUGACGCACGCAAACAUGCUCGCGGAAGACCGGCUCAAGGUCGGCAUCACGGACGGGUUUGUGCGGCUGUCGGUCGGCAUCGAGCACAAGGAGGAUCUCAUUGCGUCGCUCAAGGCGUCGCUCGACGCGCUCCCCGACGAGCUCGCCGACGAGGAGGCGCCGCGCGCCGCCGCGGCGUGAGCAGCAGCCCAUAUCUCGUCGGGGGGCACGAGGACCACGGCUGCAGCGUACCCACUUCUCGGCCGUUGGGAGCCCGCCCCACUUUCUCUCUGUCCUCGACGCGCAUGUAUUUCGGGUUUCGCGCCGCCCCGCUGAGCGCUGUGACGCUGACGGGGUGUGUCGUCCGAAACUGUACCACUCGAUGCACAAUCUACAUAAAAGUACUGAAAAAU